UCGCAGCUCCACUUGCAUCGUCGCAUGCGAGGCAGGCAGCGGCCGGCCACAUCUCAACUUGCAGCUCCACGCACAGACCGUGCAAGCCACUACCUACAAGGCGUGGUAGCAGCGGCUAGCGCGCAGGUAGAGCACACCAUCGGAUCCUCAUCUCCGAGCUAGCGUUUACCGGCCAGCCGGCGAGAUGUCUACCAGAGCGCGCGGCGGCGGCGGCGGCGGGAGGCAGUUCCCGGUGGGGCGGCGCCGGUACGUGCCGGUGGCCGACGCUGGGUGCGGGUGCCGCCCGCGCCGGCCGAGGCUGCUCAGCCUGCCGUCCUUCCUCAAGCCGUGCCACCAGCUUGGGGGUGGGGGUAAGGCGGCGGGACCGAGGAACGGCGGCGCCGGCGAGCAGUACUCGUGCGCGUCCACCUCGACGGCCGCCUCCUUCUCCUCCUCGUCGGCCGCCACGCACAGCACCGGCGGAUACUCGUCGGCCUACUCCUCCGACUACUACGACCACCCGCCGCCCGUCUUCCACGGAGCCGCCGCCGCGACCACCAAGCAGCAACAGGCGCCGCCGUCUCCGCGGCUCCCCAAGCAGCAUCAGCAGGCGCCGUCGCCCGCGCGCGCGGGAGCGCCGGGCAAGAGCUCGCAGCAGCCGAAGGCUGCUAAGAAGGCGAAGAAGAAGAGGCGCGAGAAGGCGGGGCCCGCGGCGGCGGCGGUAGGAGGAGGCAAGGAUGCGGACGGCGCGGGCGUGGGCGUGGGCGUGGCGGUGGAGAAAGAGUCGGCGGACCCGCGCGCGGACUUCCGGGACAGCAUGGUGCAGAUGGUGGUGGAGAUGGGGCUGUGCGACUGGGACGGCCUCCGCGGCAUGCUCCGGCGCCUGCUCGCUCUCAACGCGCCGCGCCACCACGCCGCCAUCCUCACCGCCUUCGCCGAGGUCUGCACGCAGCUGGCCGGCGCCGCGGCCUGGCCUCCGCAGCAGCCGUCGCCGCCGGCGUACCACCAGUACCGGCGCUGAGCUGCCCGCUUGAGAUCAUCCUGCCGCCACGCCAUCCACCUGCUGCCUGAUGCUGCUGUCAUGGACCUGGUGGUGACACGACCUCAUGGCACAGGAAGUUGCAAGGGACAGCAGCAGGCAGGCAGAACCUGCAACCUGCAAGUACAAAUAAUUUGACUGGUUAAUCAGGAAAUUAAGCUAAGCAUAUAUAGUAAGUAAUAGAGUAAGUGGUGUGCUAGUACUAUUAGAGUAGCAUGUUGUUGAUUUCAGUAUGUUGCUUUUGGCAUGUAUUUCCUAGUCAGUCUUGCAGUAGUGCUCCCUAAUCUAAAAUAGUUGGAAUAA